AACGAAACCUUGGGGAACUGCCCACUACUGGAGGAAUCGCCGAGCUCUCGGCGACACACUCCGACGACAGCGAUUGAAGCCAUGAAACCGACGAUUCGACGCGUCUACAUUCUUAUUUAGCUCAGAAAUUCAUUAAACGCUUCUGCCGGAACCUUCUGCGAUUCUCCAAACGCGUGUUUUCCACAACUUCGUGACUCAGAAUCACUCCCGACUCCCAGUCCCUUUACACGCAAGCAACCGAACUCAUUCUUGCCUGGCCGCUUCCGCAAAUCUUCCAAAAACACAUGGUUGUGGGAGGCAGUCAUGCGCCGGGUAUGAUUAAUCUUGUAUCUGACUCUCCAAAUCCGCUUGAUAUGCGCGGCGCUCGCUGCCGAAAGGCCUGACUUGGCUCGCAAACGCUGUGCGACAAGACUCGCUCCGCUCGCGGGCGCGGGCUAGGGAAGAACAAUACCAUCAUGGCGGAUGCGCAGCUCAUGGAGGAGGAGUUGCAACAGAGUGUCAUGGAGUCGGAACAAGAAGCCGAACUGGCGCUGGACGGUGUCGACGAAGACGUGGCAAUGGGCGAUGAGAGCGUGUUCGCGUCCCAGAGCCAUAUCGAUGUUGGCGCUUCGGGCACCGAUGGCGAAGACGAUCAUGAAAUGGACAAUGACGAUGAACAAAGGAAUCAAUACGGGGAUGACGACCGCAGCGGCAGCGGCUCAUCUGAGGAUGACGAAGAUGGCGAUGACGAUGACGACGACGCUUUCGAGGAGGACGCCGAUGGAGAAGAAGAAGACGAAGUCAUAUCGCGAGACCGUCAUGCGCGCAGGAGAACUGCAGCGGCGAGCCUAGAUAACAACCAGGAGGAUGGCGACGAUGACGAAGACGAAGGCGUCGGCGCGGUCAAGAUAAAACCUGGCGAGACGGAUAAUGAAGAUGACAGCAGCGACGAUUCCGCAAGUUCGGCGAGCGUUAGCGAUGCCGAAUCCGAUGAUGGCGCGGAGUGGGAGGGUGCCGAGAACGACGACGGCGAGGAUGAUGAGUCCGAGAAUACCACGGGCAACUGCAUCUUCUGUAAGCAGGAUGAGGACAACGACCCGGCUGAAGAGUUUGAGGUAUUCCUGGCUUGUACCAAGUGCGGGGACAACGCUCACCAGCAAUGCGCGCGAGAAAAUAACGCCCUAGCCAGUGAAGAUGGCCCCGAAAAUUGGCGCUGCCCAAAGUGUGCGGACGACGAGUCAGAUCUAGAUCUCGCUGCAGAUGCGAACGGAAAUGCGGUUGAUAUGGAAGGGAUCGCUGAUACCCGUACCUCCCCAUCCGCUCGUCGCGCGAGUGCUCCCAAGUUGGCGCGUGAUCUUCUCCCUUCACAGAAAGGCGCCAUCAAACCAGAUUCCCAUUCUGUCUUCAACCAACUGGUUCUGGACGGAGACCCAAUGGAUGGAUCCCGAGUGCUUAGGAAGAGGAAGACUUCUUCUGCCGAGGCAGACGAGAACAUCAUGGCCCUCCGCAAACGCCGUAAGAAUGCAGCUGACGAUCAGAGCAACGACGAGGCAGCGACUAGACAAGACGGAUCAUCCAGGCCGGUCUCUGGAUCUCUGCGGCUCAAGAUACCAAACCCCCCUGCAUCCAUCGUCGAGAGGUCUGACGGCACAGUGCUUGUUAAGAUGCGCGUGAACUCGUCAGAGCUCCGCCAGAUUCUGUCGCGGAAGCCAAGGCCGAGGAAGCGGUCAGGUAGGUCAGGGAGACGGGCUCGCAGGGCUGAAGCGUCUCGUGCACCUGCUGUGCCCUUGGCACCGAUCGCAACUCCAUUUACAUCUACCGCAUACUCGCAGCCAUUCUACUCGCUCUACGACAAGGAGACGGACGAGCUGAAAGGCAAGCCAUAUGGAGGAAUUCUGACCGAAGCUGAGGCGGACACUUCCAAAACAAUGCCGACGAACGAGGAUCGUCGACGCUUCGACGAAGCGAAACAGAAGGCAGAAGAGGAGUGGAGAGAGCGCCUACUGAGAGCACAAUCCGAGGUCGACGUCCCUGCCAAGAGGCCAAGAAAGGCGUCAGGUCCAGCCAGCCAGAUCGAGUGUAUUCAGUUUGGCGAUUACGAAAUCGACACCUGGUAUGCGGCACCUUAUCCCGAAGAGUACAGCAGGAACCGGGUCCUCUUUAUCUGCGAGUUCUGCCUCAAGUACAUGAACUCGGACUAUGUGGCUUGGCGGCACAAACUCAAGUGUCCAGCCAAGCAUCCACCGGGAGACGAAAUUUACAGGCACGGCUCUGUGUCAGUCUUUGAGGUUGAUGGCCGCAAGAACCCGGUCUACUGCCAGAACUUGUGCCUCCUGGCCAAGCUCUUUCUCGGUUCAAAGACUCUCUAUUAUGAUGUAGAGCCCUUCCUCUUCUAUGUUUUGUGCGAGUACAACGACCUCGGUUACCAUUUUGUGGGGUAUUUCUCCAAGGAGAAGCGAGCGAGCAGCCAAAACAAUGUCUCUUGCAUUUUGACGCUUCCAAUUCACCAGCGCAAAGGAUACGGCAACCUUCUGAUUGACUUCUCCUAUCUCCUGACCAGAGUGGAGAAGAAAACAGGAUCACCAGAAAAGCCGCUCUCGGACAUGGGCUUGGUUUCGUACCGCAACUAUUGGCGACUCGUCAUGUGCCGAUAUCUGCUGCAGCAGUUUCCAGACGGCAAGCCUGGGAAGCAUGGCCUCAGCAUCAGGAAGAUAUCAGACGACACCGGCUUGACACCAGACGACGUGAUAUCAGCAUUAGAAGGACUGAGGUGCUUGGUACGUGAUCCGCAGACCCAGCUCUACGCCUUUCGCGUGGAUUUGCAGUACUGCCGGGAGUAUGUUGCGAAAUGGGAAGCCAAGAACUAUGUGCAGCUCAACGAAAGUGCUCUGACGUGGACGCCGUAUGUUAUGGGCAGAAGCAGCGCCACGAACUUUGAGCUUGGCCCGGCCCUGACGGCUAUUGCCCCUAGGGAAGAGGAGGAAGAGCAAAAACCAGUGGUUGCUGCAGGAGAGUCGCUGGCCAAUGGAACAGAAUCAUCACACCAGCCAGACACGCCCGACCAGGAAGUGAAGGACACUGCCGACACAAUGGUUCUUGAAUCCACCGAGCCGAACGACGCCGGCAGCGCCGUGAACGGCGAUUCCAAACCAAACGGGAUCCUCGUGAACGGCAAUUCUAUCGAACAAAACGAUCAACCCAAACCCGAACAGGAGACUGCCAAGAUCGCGGGAGAGAAUUGGAUCAUGCAAUACAAGGACAUCCCGCCGACAAGAUUCGAGGUGUGGCCCCCAAUCACUGGCUCCCGCAGGGGCGACCGUUCCCGUGGCUAUAUUCCUCGACCGCCAGUGGUACGAACGGGCGACAGUGCGUCGAAGCCACGACCCAGGCGUUCAACCGGAUCCCGUCGGUCGACGGCUGCCAGGCCUAAGACGUCCAGCAGCAGCAGCAGCAAGAGGAAGCCGGGAGGAACUGGGCGCGGACCAGGGCGCUGGCCAAAGGGCACCAAAAAGAGCGACUACGGUAAUGCCGACAGUGGACCGGGGUUUCCGCCAGGUUGGAUCGCGGAACGUGCGCGAGUUGCCGUUCUAGCGGCGGCGAAAAAAGAGGGGAACAAGGAGAACGGUGGCAGCGAUGUUAAGGACACGGUGCAGGUGCAGUCCCCUACGGUGAAGGAGGCCAGCAAGGCCCAGCGGGGAAAGGAGAAUGCCGAUGUCGAUAUGCAGGACGCUGAUGGGCACGCAGAAGAUGAAUGAGUUGACAUGCGUUUGGGAAGGCCGACGGUAUACCACGGCGUUAGGGCUGUUAUUAUACCCUCAUCGGGGGAUGUCUGAUUUGAAGCGGAUAAUUCACUUUGCGACAUGUGGCUUCUACGAUAUAUGUAAGGUGGCUUUUGGUCCUGCCGUUUGGGAGCGGCCAGUUGUAUGAACAGACUUGGGCCUAUGUCUGGUUUAGCAAAGUGGGCAAGACAGAGUUGCCCGUAGCACCCUAGAGCUGGUGGUCGUUGCUAGUAUUCUAGUGUAGGUAUUGAAACGAAGUGAAAUCAAAUUCGAAACCAG